CAGGGCUGAUUUUCUGGGCUAAGAAACUGAAGACCCAUAUGGAGCACUUCUGAGCUCCCAGGAAUUCUGAGGUUAUUGCCAGUGUUUCUGGUGUUUAACACAGCCUUCUUUUAUGGGCAGAGGGUGAAUGAGCUGAUGGGAAAGCCUCAGUAACCUAUUGGUGUCACCCCCUGGAAACAAGGACCUAAAAGGAUCACAUUUUAUGUGGCAAAACUAAGGACAGGGUCAGUGGUCACACUGAUUAAAUGGCAUCAGAAGUCACCUAUGCUGAGGUGAAGUUCAAGAAUGCAUCACUGGCUGCAGUGGUUGAAGCACCUCCUGAGACGAAGAAGUGUGAGCACCACCCCCAGAAAUACCCACCGUGGCUCCCAUGGCUGAUCUCACUGUUGCUCCUCUUGACAUGCAUUGCCCUUGUUGUUGUUCUCCUUGUGGCUCCCUUCUCCCACAGCAGUGACCGGCCCACAGCCCUGCAGGAGAAAUUCACAGCGUGGGAGUGCAACUCAGCGGUGUCGGAAAACAAAGGCCGAGGCUGGAUGUGCUGCCCGAAAGGCUGGAGAAGGUUUCAAAACAGCUGCUAUUUUCUGUCCCUUGAUAAGAUGUCCUGGUCUGAGAGUGAGCAGAACUGCACUGGGAUGGGCUCCCACCUGGUGGUGAUCAACAGUGAGGAAGAGCAGGUUUUCCUCUCUAAACAGAUAAAACCAGUUCUAAAAGCAGAGAAUUUCUACAUUGGUCUGAGAGCAGAGAUUGUGGAUCAGUGGCAGUGGGUGGACAAGACUCCCUAUAAUGUAACAGCAGCGUUCUGGCGAAGAAAUGAACCAAGUGAAAGUGAUUAUGAGAAGUGUGUUGUAAUGCAUAGGAAUUCAGAAAUACCCAACAACUGGAAUAAUGUCGAAUGUCAGAUGUUUUAUCGGAUUUGUGAAGCUGCUGCCAUAACUCUAUGAUGGAAAAACCCCCAUCCUUAGCAAAAAUGGGAGAUGAUCAGUGAGCUGAGACAGGCAGAGGGCUGUGCUGGAGGGGUGAGGAGCCCUGAAGCCUGCAUCUUCACUGUGCUGCGUGGGAUAAUGGAAGUGGAAGUGAUACGACCCUUUGUCCAGCAUCCCCAGUGCAUCGAGGGGCUGAGGGAACACUUGAAAGCUGAGGGUCAUCAAAGCAGGUCCCGUGUUCUUGUGUCCUCUUCUCUCUGAGUGGGUCCAGAGGCCACUUGCAGAAACGACAUGGAGUUCUCCAGGAAGAAGACACAGGAAUGGAAGACAGAUGUCCUGAGCUGCAUUUUCUUUCUCUCCUUGAGCAGAAGUCUCUGCUUUCUGUUGAGUCACACGCAGAAUGUCCUCCAGUUGCACUGGUUUUGUUGAACAAGUUCUGAAAUUUAUGCAAGAGAAAAUACAGUAUUA